AUGGGGUGCGGACUACGAAAGCUAGAAGACCCAGAUGAUAGCAGCCCUGGAAAAAUAUUUUCUACGUUGAAGAGACCACAAGUGGAAACAAAGACUGACUCUGCUUAUGAAUAUCUAUUGCUGGAUUUUACUUUAGAAGUGUCCUCGAAUCCAGAAGUUAUCAAGAUCAGUUCUGUGUUGGAUAUAGCAACAAAAGUGGAAGAAUAUUACAUCAAAGGAUAUGUUGUAGGAGCAAUUCAUCCUAUUACAUUACCUUUUGGGCGAAGAAAGCACUUCCCUGCAAGUUAUUUGUAUCGAGUGGUACUGUCACGACUCAAAUUAAGCCCAAAGCAUACAGCACCCAGAAGACAAAGACACCCCAGGCUUGUGAUUGAGGAAUGUCCUUUAAAGUAUGAAACACUGACAAAUGAGGUAGUGAAAGGAUUGUUAGAAAAGGUCAAUGAAGCUGCUAAAAGAGGGAAGAAGUUUGUUGGAUUUAUAACACAGCAUUUUCCUCAACCUAAAUUCUGUAAUGGAACAAACACAGAUGGAAAUGUGGACUCUGAAUCAGCACUAAGUAUAAGGAGUAGAGAGCACAGGAAAUACAAUUAUGACGAAAACUAUAAAAACUGGAAUGAAGGGACUUUGAGUGGUCAGUCAUCUGAGAGUGGAAUAGAGGAAGAAAUUCAGCCAGAAAGGGGACAGUUACAGGAUGCUGAUUUCCCCAGCCCUACUAAACCAAGAAAAGGAGAAGAUAAUAAAUUAUAUACAGUCUUCAAUGUUUUUGAUGAUGACUCAACCUGCUGGACCUAUCAUGAGGGCAUUUUGUCUAUGAAAGUAACAAGAAAAGGAACAGUCAUUAGUACUCUGGAUGCAGAUUGGCUAGAACUAACCACAUUUUAUUAUAAACAAGGAUUGUCAUUAAUUGAUUCUUUUGUAUCCUGGGAAACUUCUAAAGGAGACCACAUGCCCAAAUCUUUAGAAGGAUUAUUUAUAUAUGAAGAAGAAGGUUCAGGAGUUCCAGGUUCUAACAGGAAAGGAAAUGACACAAUAGUUGUAGAACAAUGGACUGUCAUUGAGGGAUGUGAAAUUAAAACAGAUUAUGGACCUUUACUGCACACGCUGGCUGAGUUUGGAUGGCUUCUUACAUGUGUACUGCCUACACCGAUCAUCCGACAUGACAGUGAAGGAAAUCUGGCCACAAAGCAAGUUGUUUUCCUUCAGAGACCUGUUAUGUGGAAUUCAACUACCCAGACUCCAGAGAAAAAAUCCACAAGGCAGCUCAGAAGUGACGAGAAAGGCAAAGUCGCUAGCAGAAGUAUUGGGUUAGACACAGCUACGUCUCACCCUGCAGAAAGUGGGCAUCCACCUGAUGAGUUUCAUCUGUCUCCUUCUAAACGAUGUUGGAUCAAGGAAGGAUCUGCCCAAUAUGAAAGCUUCUCAGGAUUCAAUAGCAGCGAUAGUGUGUUAAGGGAAAUGGAUGAUGGACAGUUCGAGCAGGAAGAUGGAGCCACUCAGGUCACAUGUAUGUGACCAAGUAAGUAACUGUAUUGGAGGGAACUGUAAAUAAUUAAAACAAAUGUAAAGACUGAAGUUACUUUAUAUGCAUUUGUAUAAUCCUUUGGUUUUCCCAGACUCGUGUUUAUAUAUCUUUUGCUACUUUCUAGAGUUAUACGGUUAGCAAAUAAUACUACUACUGUAAAAUACCUUGGGUUUAUGUCUGUUCUUAAUGGAACAUUGCAUUUCUAGAACUCUGCUAAUUUCAUUGGUCAUAUUCUCAAUGAUGCUUAUAAACAACAGGGAAGCAAACUUGGCAGAUCAGAUAUGGCUUGUGGUCUAAGAGACAGUGGAGUCGGAAAACAUUAUGCUUUCCACAAUUAGAGGGAAAUGGUAUUUUUCUGAAAGAGUAUCACAAAUGUUGGAGGAUUUAAAAAAAUUAACUAUAAAGUACUUGACUGUCCUUUUAAGUUUUAAUUGCAAUUUUCAGUUUAUUUGCUGUGCCUAAAUCCAGAACCUGUUAAACCUAGAAAUGUCAGUGCUGCACUUUCAGUCUCAAUGAGAGUACUGUAGCAGGAUGUACCUAACACACAAAGCCACAUUCCAGCUUGCAUAUGUGCACACUGUUAAAACCAAGAGGAAUGGGAGUGUGUGGGGUGGAUGUUUUCUGCCCUCAUUCAGUUACAUCUAAAAGAAAGGAGCUGUCAGGGACAAUCCAAAACUAAGACAAAGGGCCUCCUAGGACAUGUCAGCACAACUAUUACCUUACCAAUCAAUGGAAACAGAUCAUUUGGAAGGCUAUGCAAAGAGUGUUACCAGUAAGAUUAUGGGUGCACAGUAAUGCUGCUUGUAUGUAGCUCUGUUUUGGGGGCUGUCAUGUGGAAAGGCAAAAUUAGACCCACAGGAUCAUAUAUGAAAACAUAAAAGCUAUGUCUCAACUGAAUACAUAUAUCAGUGUGUAUAAAAUGUAUUCACCUGUUCAUAAAGUUCCUGGUUGGAAGAGACUUGCUUGCAGAUGUAAUUAUGAAAACUAUUAUAGAUCAACAUCUUCAAGGAGAGUAGCUCAAGAGGCCUGACUACUGAGAAACCCUAACAUUGACACAGGUGUGUUGGAAGAGGUGUUAAUAGUGAUUUUCUGCAGCUGUAUUGCAAUAGUAAUUCAGUCACUGCCUAAUUUGAUCAGCCAUUUAGCUUAUUAUAAACCUCUGGAACCAAGUCAUUAGUAUAAAAAUAAAGUAACAGUUUUCAUCCUUUAUUCUGAUCAAUGUUGGGCUCUUUAGGCUGGUAUUGUAGUUCAGUCAUUGCCGAUAGAAAGUUGCCAUUUAAUUUAUAGAGAAUGCACAAAUGUUCAAUGAGAAAAGGAUGGAGAGUGGGGGAAGGCAAAGAAAAAUGCAUGUGCCGAUGAUAAAGGUGAUUGAAUAAUGCAAGUUUUAGUUGCAAUCAAUCACUGUUAUGGACAUUAUAAGCACAAACUGUGACAUGCACCUUCACAAGACAUUUGAUUAACAGGAUUAAUCCCUAAUUUCAUUUAAACUGAUGGGAACAGAUUUGGCCAAAAUAAGAAUUGCACAGUACUAAGAAAAUGUAAUUAAAUGACAAUCAGGGUCCUUUUACUACAGUUGGAUGGAAGGAAGGCCUUGCUUAACUGACCCUUCUCCUUCUUUAACCACUUUGCACACACGAUGCAUUAGGUAAAAUCCCCCUCCAGUAUUAUCCCAUAUACAUCCCCUUUGAAGUGGCUCUAUUCCAGUAGAAUAUUUAUACUUCAAAGAAGGCUGCUGUGUUCUAUUGCCAUCAUGGAGAUCAGCAAUGGAGAGAACAGCAUUAACAGACUGCAAAGGGACUUCUGGCCCAGACUGGUAGGAUGGUGGAAUUCACAGUGGACAGAAGGAAUGAUCAUUGGAUCCUCAAGGGCCAGCAGGGCGGUGAGAACAUGUUUAUGUUAUUACUGUGUAAUGAGCAACACUGAAUCAGGGAAAGGUUUAGUGCUAUUUCAGUUCAAUUCAAUUCCAUGGGGUUUUGUUUGUUUUACAGAAAAUCCAUUCCACGUCAGAGAAUGAAAUUAUUUUAAUGGAAGCUGGUAACAACCCCUCCAUUUAAGCUGCCUAACACUUUUUCUGUUGUAGCAGAUUCUUGCCAGUUUGUUUGGUUGCUUUGAGAAGCUGUAACACCUCUGGGUAUUUAAAUUUGGCAGAGAAAAAAUGCUGGGAUUAGAGAUGUGCCUUUUACUUGUCCCAUGAAAUUCCAUUCAGGUUUGGCGGAGUUAUAAAUGGUUUAAAAUUGCCAUUUCCCUUCUCUCUCUUGAAUUCCUCAGGAAAAUGUUGGUAGCAUGUCAAAAUAAUAACUAACUGAUUUUGAAAGUUUUAAGAGCCCAGUCCAUCUCACAGCGCACACAACUCGGUACGCUGGGAACUGCCAGAGUAGCUUAUGCAGUGGGGUUUUGGGGAAGAGCUUAGAUGGGGUUUCCCCCUGCCCUCAGCCAAACAGACCCAGCAUAUGACUGCAGCAUCUCAUCCCAUUUCUGGGGAGCUUGCUACACCUCCCAAGGUGGAGGGGACAGAGAAAUCUAAGUCAGGCUCCUCAACCACCUCCAGGGAUCCAGCACAUAGUUCCAGUGGCCCACUCCUCCUCUAGGAUAACAGCCUUCUUCUGCAGCCAGCUAAUGUAGUUAGUCCUGUAGCUCAGGUGGUAGUUUGUUUUGCAUUGCCAAAAGUUCAGGGUUCAAAUGAUCAUAAUGAUGAUGCAGGAAUGAGGGGUGUAAGAGUUCUUACAGUUAUACAUAAAAAUGUUUUUACUUUUUUCCUUUUUAAAAAAGCUACAUUUAAAAAAUGGUUUAGGUUGCAAAGACUAGUACUUGCAGGUUAGGCAAAUUUAGGGCUGCCUAUGCAACUUUUGUUUGGCUCCCUGGUUCCUAUUAAUUAUGGUACGUAAGAAUGGUCUGACCCAGUAGGGCCAAAGGUCCAUCUAGCCCAGUAUCCUGUCUUCCGACAGUGGCCAAUUCCAGGUGCCCCAGAGGGAAUGAACAGAACAGGUAAUCACCAAGU